AUGGAUGAUGAGACUCAAGUACUUGAUGUAAACUCAAAUCAAAAUCAAAAUGAACUAGAUGACAUCUAUGAUUUAUUUUUAAAUAAAAUACGGAGCUAUUUAUUAGAUUCUUCCCCAGAAAUCAUAAAUUCAGCAGUUGAAGUCUUACUAGAUGUACUUGGUUCAAAGAUACAAAUUACGACAAAAAGGUCAGAAAUUAAUCAGUUGUUAAAUAUUACGAUUCAAGAUGAAGUGCUAAGUGAUUUAAUUAAUUUAGCAACUCAACAUCAGAAUAUAAUAUCAAAACAUCAACCAUCUAAAGAAUCAGAGAUAGUCGCAGUUGAAAUAAAUGAAUUAGACGAAGAAGAUGAAGAAGAACAAAUAGAGGAGGAUGAAGAACAAUCAGGAGAUGAAGAAACAGAUAACGCCUCGGAGAUCUUUGACUGGAGAAAUUUACAAAGUGAAGAAAACUCAAAUGAAAUUUACAAACUAUUACAAGAUAAAAAAAUCUCAAAUGAUCAAUUAACUUCUAAACUUCGACCACUUUCACGACAUUAUCAAAGCAUUAUAGAUAAUCGAUGGAGGAUAGUGUUUUCAAAACGACUACAAAUAGAAGAUAAAUCAAAAAUUUAUAAAGAAUUGCAAGAAAUGAAUCUAACUCACUUAAUACUAGAUUACAUAGACAUACAAGGAACUAUAAAACAAUUACAAAGAAGAAAAUUACCAGACACUUAUGAAGGAGAUUUAAAAGUCACAUUACCUAAGGGAACUUAUCAAGAAAAAACACCAAAAUAUGAUAUAAUUACUGUACCACCAAAUACAGCACCAACUGAAGAAAUCGAAUUACUUCCCACCACCAAAUUACCCGAAUGGGCAAGAGAAGCAUUUCCAAGAAAUGAGACUACAACAUUCAACAAGAUACAAUCGAAAAUUUUCCCAAUGGCUUUUGAGACUGAUGAAAAUUUAUUAAUUUGUGCACCUACAGGAGCUGGUAAAACAAACGUUGCAAUGCUAACUAUGUUGAGAACUAUUGGUAAUUAUAGAACAAAUCACAUACGGAAAGAAGAGUUCAAAAUUGUGUAUAUUGCACCUUUAAAAGCGUUAGUACAAGAACAAAUGAGGGAGUUCCAAAGAAGAUUAACUUCAGUUUAUGGAUUAAUUGUAAAUGAAUUAACUGGUGAUUCAUCAUUGACUCAAAAACAAAUACAAGAAACAAAUGUUAUCGUCACAACUCCAGAAAAAUGGGAUAUAAUAACCAGGAAAAAUCAUGAAUAUUUGAAAUUAGUGAAGUUAUUAAUCAUUGAUGAAAUUCAUCUUUUACAUGAUCAAAGAGGUCCAGUUUUGGAAGGUAUAGUUUCAAGAAUUCUACGAAGUGGAGAUGAAAUAAGAAUUGUUGGGUUAUCUGCUACAUUACCAAAUUAUCAAGAUGUUGCAAAAUUUAUUGAAGCUAGUGGUGAUGGGAUUUUUUAUUUUGAUUCAAAUUAUAGACCUUGUCCCUUGGAACAAAAAUUUAUUGGAAUAAAAGAUCAAAAAGCCGUAAAAAAGAAAGCAGCAAUGAAUGAAGCUUGUUAUGAUCAAACUUUAAAUGUAUUAGAACAAAAUCAACAAUUAAUUAUAUUUGUACAUCUGAGAAAUGAAACUUUUUCAACUGCUGAAUUUUUAGCAGAUUCUAUUAGUGAAGAUUUACUAAAUGAAACAUCAAAAGAAAUCUUAUUACAAGAAAGUGAAAGAGUUAGCAAUAAUAAACUUCGUAAAAUAAUGGUUGCAGGUUUCGGUAUACAUCAUGCUGGUUUAAACAAAGAAGAUAGAACAUUAGUUGAAGAUCUUUUUGCUCAAGGCCACUUAAAGGGACUUGUGUCUACUGCAACAUUAGCAUGGGGUAUUAAUUUACCCGCUCAUACUGUGAUUAUAAAAGGUACAGAAGUAUAUUCACCAGAAAUAGGUGGUUGGACUCAAUUAUCACCUCAAGAUAUCUUUCAAAUGCUUGGUAGAGCCGGUAGACCAAGAUAUGAUAAAAAUGGUGAAGGUAUAAUUAUUACAUCUCAAGAUAAAAUUCAAUAUUAUCUUGCUAUAUUAAAUCAACAAUAUCCAAUAGAAUCACAACUCAUGACAAAAUUAAUAGAUAAUGUCAAUGCUGAAAUUGUUGCUGGCACAAUUAAAACAUUAGAUGAUGGUAUAGAUUGGUUGAGUUACACAUAUUUAUUUGUUAAAGAUCAUCCUGAUAGGUUAAAUUUGAUACAUGCAGCUUUUACUGUGCUAUCUCAACAUAAAUUGAUUCUAUAUGAUAGUGGUGCUGUUAAAUCAACACAAUUGGGUAAAAUUGCAUCAUAUCAUUAUAUAAGCUAUGAGACAAUAAGUAAAUUUAAUAACUUAUUAAAACCAUGGCAUACUGAUAGUGAUAUCAUUAGAGUUUUUGCUCAUUCAGGUGAAUUUCAGUUUAUACCAGUGAGAAGAGAGGAAAGAAUAGAAAUAAAUAAAUUGAUGGAACAAUGUCCUAUACCAAUUAAGGAAUUACCCACAGAGCCAAUGGCUAAAAUUAACAUUUUAUUACAAACAUACAUUUCCAGAUUAAAUUUAGAAGGGUAUGCAUUAAUUUCUGAUAUGAUUUAUAUUAAACAAUCAGCAGAUAGACUACUACAUGCAUUAUAUGAAAUUGCAAUAUUUAAGAAGUGGUCAUCGUUAGCUAAAAAUGUAUUAAAUUUAUCAAAAAUGGUUAAAAAUAGACUAUGGUUAAGUGAUUCUCCAUUAAGACAAUUUUCAGCACCACAGUAUAUAAUAAAAGCAUCUGAAUCAUCACAUUUACCAUGGUAUCAAUAUUUUCAAUUACCUACUGAAGAAUUAGCUGAAAUUUUGAAUCUAAAGGGAAAUCAAAUUGGUGCAUAUAUGAGAUUAUUUCCUAAAUUGGAUAUUAAUUAUACAGUACAAACAGUUGGUAAGUUUUUAAAAAUUAAAGUUGAAGCUAUACCUAGUUGGAAUGGUAUAGAACCAUUUGCUUUAUUUUUGGAAGAUUGUGAUGGUAAUUUGAUUCAAUUUAAAGAAGUUUUGUUGAAUGAACAACCACAAAUUUUUGAAUUUUAUGUUGAGAAUAAAGAUUUACCCAAUUUAAUGGUCUCAUUUGUUAGCACAAAAUGGGUCAAUUGUACUUGGAAAGUUUCAUUAGUUACUGAUGUAAUUAAACCGAAGGACAAAACAUUUUUUAAUGAAAAAACAUCAACUAUAGAACUUAUUUCUUCUGAUGAUAAUAUUUUCAUUGGGACUAAUCAUGAUAAAUCUAAUAUGGUUCAAAUGGCUACUGAAAUUGAAGUAGAUGGAAGAAUUGUAUACAUUGGUUCAGAAAACUUAGGUACAAGAUUAAUUGGAGAAUUGAAAAAAGAUGUCAAGAUUUUUAAUAGUAACAGAAUUAUAUCCGCUUCACCUACUCAUUUUUAUGAACUUGUCAAACGUUGGAAAAACCUCAAGGAUAUAGAGUUGAUAAUUUUUGAUGAUUUACAUUUAAUUGAAACUGAUCCAAUAUAUGAAUUUUUAAUCACAAGAAUUAAAAUUCUAUCUCAAGAUGUUAGAAUUGUGGGUGUGUCAUUCCCAUUGAUUGAUGCUCGUGAUAUGAGUCUGUGGUUAAAUGUUUCAAAAUCAGAUAUUAUAAAUUUUGCAGCUUCUGAAAGAGAUGAAAAUAUCGAAGAAAUAAAUUUGAAUACAAAAUUAGAGAAAGUUGAUGGUGAUUGCAUAAUUUUUGUUAAUGACGAAGAACUUAAUAAAGUGAAAGAAAUUGCACCAGAAUCUGCUUUAGUAGCAACAAAAGAUAACAUACCAAGUACAAAAUCAGAAUUAGUUGUAGUUGAUGGAACACAAUAUUUUGAUGGAUAUGGAUAUGUCGAUUAUAAUUUGGUGGAUAUUUACAAUAUGAUUAACAGAAGUACCAAAAAAGUUUCAAUUACUACUUCCUCAGAAAUGAUUGAAUUUUAUUCUACUUUCAUAAACACUGGUAUUGUUGCAGAAAGUUCAUUAGGUUCUUCGAUGUAUGAAUUCUUCAUUGAUGGAAUUGUCAGUAAAUUGUUAAAAGAAAGACAAGAUUGUAUUGAUAUUUUAACACAUACAUUUUUUUAUAAAAGGCUCUUGAGUAAUCCGAGUUAUUAUGGUUUAAAAAAUGUUUCAUCAAUGGGAGUUUCUGAAUAUUUAUCUACUUUGAUUGAAGAUUCAUUAGAAGAAUUAGAAAAAAAUGAAUUUAUUGAAGAUAUGCAACCACUAAAUAAAGCUUUGAUAGCUUCUCAUUAUAAUCUAUCAUUUGAUGCUUUGAACAUCUUAAGUCAGCUUGGUGGUAAAAGUAAAUUAAGAGACAUAUUAUUGGCUGUUAGUAAUGUUUUGGAUAUACCAAUAAGAUCAGGUGAAGAAUCAAUACUAAAAAGUAUUUCAGGGAAAAUGCCAAUGAAAGAAUUCAAUAAAUCAUUUAUAUUAAUUCAAGCAUAUAUUUCAAGAAUUAAAUUACCAAAAAAAUUUGAAGAAGAUCAAUUGCAAAUUGUGGAGAAGUUGACAAAAAUUUUAAAUGCAUGUAUAGAUGUAUUAUCAGGUGAAGGUUAUCUAAAUGCAAUGAUUGCAAUGGAUAUAUUCCAAAUGAUUAAUCAAAGAGUAUGGUCUUUUGAAAACCACUUGAAACAAAUUCCAAAAUUUAAUGAACAAAUAUUAUCAAGAUGUAAAGAACAUAAUGUUGAAACAGUUUAUGAUAUAAUGGCAUUAGAAGAUGAUGAAAGGGAUGAAGUUUUACAAUUAUCAGAUGAUGAUUUAAAUGAAGUUGCAACUUUUGUGAAUCAAUAUCCAAAUAUUAAAUUGAGUUAUGAAAUUGAAGAUGAAGAAUUGGUAAUUUCUUUGGAAAGAGAUGAAGAAAUGGAUUCUUUAGUGGUUCCAAAUACUAAUAAAGAAGAAUAUUGGUGGAUUGUAAUUGGUAAAGCUUCAACUAAUCAAUUAUUUGCUAUAAAGAAAGUUCAAUUACCUCAUUUAGAACAAUCUUUUAAAUUUGAAGUGCCAGAAGAUGAAUUUACUUGCUGGGUUAUUUGUGAUUCAUAUUUAGAUGUAGAUAAAGAAGUAAGUAAAAAGUAA